ACAUUCCCCUUCUCCGUCGUCAUCCACCCGCCUUCCACGCCUCUCGAAUAUGCCAAUGUUCACGCGUUGGCGGCUUAUGCCCAUGUAUUGAACUCGGGAAGUCUGUCCGAAGGAACAAUGCGAGGCGAAAUCGAAUGUGACUACUGCAAAGCGACAUUCCGUCGCCAGGAGCACCUCAUACGGCACAUACGAACACACACGAGCGAGCGGCCGUUUGCCUGCCCAGAAUGCGGCAAAAGGUUUUCUCGUGUCGACACCCUUUCCCGCCACGCUGCUUCUCACCGCAACGACGCCGAGUCUUCAAUUGGGGCUCUCGUGUCUAACCGGGCCUGCAAAGAGUGCGCAACAAGUCGUGUGCGGUGCUCUAGAACUGACCCUUGCCGGCGCUGCGCCGAGAAGAAUAUCAAGUGCGAUUACCCAACAACUCGAAAGCGCAAGGCUUCUGCGACAACCCAACCGGUCGAUGCAGUUGAUAGAGUCAAUCAUGACGACUAUGGCCUAUUCCAAGAGGGAAUGGAAUCCUCGGAGACGGUAGCGCAUAGUGGAAGACCAGUUGGGCUUGAGUAUAUCGCGGGUGAGAACAAGACAUUAGUGACGCGGGUGCCCGCACCGGACACCAUUGAGCGAACUCUCGUCAUUCAGAAGUCAACGUCAAACGAUACGAGAACUGAGACAGGAGUGUUCACAAACGCGAUGGCUGAAGGGGUAACUCCACCAGUGAACCCUCUUGUCAACGGAAACACCAUGCAGCUUCCAGACAACGAUGUAAUAUUAUCAAAUCCCGAGGAUCUCUAUAAUAACUUCAACCCAAGUCCACAGCUGGCGGGGGAGGAGUUUGUCAUGCCUACGAUUAAUUGGAUGUCGCCCCAGUAUCAGGCCAGCUUUGACUGGAUCAGUCAACUCCCACCCUUCACAUUCGGGGCUAUUGAUCCUGACCUAUGCGUCCUACCGUUUCAACCAACCACCGCUGCUGUGCAACAACAAACGGAACCAGGCCUCCCUAGCGUCGGAAUGGUAGAAGAGGAAGGGCGUCACGAUCCUGCGGGACAAGAAAGCCAAACAGCGCCCAGCAUGGGCCUUCCUCUGCCAUCGCCCGGCCCCAGCGACAGCGUAACAAGAUCAGAGAUAUCCAACCCUGUCGAAGGAACCUAUUACGUAGAUGGCAGCGAGGCUCGGGCAUCUUUCAAAGGUCGCUCGCAUCGAAGACAAUCGAUCUUGAGUGCUGGAGGCCUAGUGAACUCUCCUUCCGAUGCUUCAACUCCUAUCAACAGCCUAGCCUCCGACUCCGGCAAAUCCGUGCACUCACAAGGAAAUCUACUGCCCGUUCGUACUUACGAAAACAUUCUUGAGAGUCUCAAGUCCCAACCUGAGAUCCACCCUCCUAAUUGGAGUCCAAGUGCAUUUCCACCGUUAGCAGAUGCUCAGCUACUCUAUCGGCUAUAUUUUAGGCACUUUCAUCCCGCAUAUCCAUUUCUGAGGCGGGAUUGCUCUGUAUACGAAGGAAGUGGUAACUGGAUAAUAUGUUUGGGUAUCCUGGCUGUUGGUUCUAUAUUCUCUACGAACCCAGACGCGAAACAAACUCGACAAGUCCUAUUCGCUCUUCUACGAGCAUCAUUAUCCCGAACACAGCGGAAAAACAAAGCCUCUGAGCCUCAAAAUCUUCUUUUUUCGGAUCAACCAAGCAACUACGCUGACCUGCCAACUGUCCAGGCAGCUGUGCUCAAUGUUGUCUGCGUGCUUGGGAGCGGCAACGGAGAUGCGGUAAGGGAAGCACUGCUUGAAAGGAGCCAUCUGGUAGAUGCAUGCCGCUUUUUAGAAUUAUUCAAGGCACCGGAGAAAUUUUCUCUUGAGACCAAAGACGAUAUGGAAACUUGGCUAGGGAUACAGUCCAGAAUUCGCGCUGGCCUUAUGGUCUGGUUGAUUGACUCCAUCCUCAUGUUUGAGUUUGGCCAUGCGCCUCUAUUGCAACUAUUUGACGUGAGCGUGACCCCCUUGCCGACUUGUGACGAGCUAUGGGACCAUGCGACUCUAAAGCAAGUCGCAAAACACACCCAGACAUCAGUGACUGUUCUCGAGGCUCUGCAAAUGCUCUACAUGGAAAAGAGACAUCCUCCAAGCACCGGCGGCCUCGGUACGACGGUUUUGAUCUACGCCAUUCUUCGUAGAACUAGAGAAGCCAGUUUGCAACACCAGAACAAGCUGACAUUCUGGAUUCCCAAUGCCGCGGUGCAGCAAUCCACACCUGUAACACCAGUCGAGGAAACCUGGCCACCCGCCUUACCAGUCAUCUCAAGGUGGCGCAAUAGUGCCUGUGACAGCCUAGACAUACUCCAUUGGAAUGUCAACGGUAUGAUUAGUAAAUCCGGUGGCUGGGAGCCCCCUAUUGUUCUACACCUUCACCUUUCACGGCUUUUCCUUUUGACUCCUACCCAACACCUACAAACAUUGGCUACGGAGGCUUUGUUAAACUCGGCAGUUGACAGUGCCAAAGCUGCUAAAGCACAAAGCCAUAUUCUCCAGUGGGCUCUUCGCGACCAAUACAAAGCGAGACUGUCUGUUAUACAUGCAGGUGCUCUCCUUUGGCAUGUCCGCCGCUACAGCAGUGGCAGCUUUUUAGAGCCGUUCGGCAUACUCAUCGCGACUCUUGUAGUUUGGGCCUACAGUACGUCUGUGAAUCUCGCCAGGCAGCAGCCCCAGGCAAUCAACCCUGAAAGUUCCAAUGAGAAUGACAAUGCUUCUUCUCGGCGUUCUCAUCCAGCAGAUUUGGAGGAAGAUCCAGAACCUACGUUCUUACACCUGGAUCGACCAUGCGACGACGAGAUGGUCCAACUGUAUGUCCGUCUUGGCCACAAGAUGUCUGGUCACCUUUCGAAAGUCGGCGACAUUGCCCUUCCGGAGGCCCCCCGUAAGAUCUUGGAGCAGGGUGUAUACAUGCUCAUCGGCCACCCGCCGGAAAAUCGAGGAACCAUCGACACGGAGGAGAUUCCAACAACACCCGAGACGCCUCUGGUAUGGGGGAUCGAGAAAUCAUGCGCUGAUUUGCUCAAUGGCCUGAUUCUGUUGGUAAAGGGCAUC